UACUACUUUUCUCUCAAAUUGCAUGUCGUGUCUCGUGUCAGCAUGUGUACAGAUUCUAUACAGCAUACAUUCAUUUGCACCGCCACCGACAAAGCCUAUCGUUGUUAUUACAGCGAAGCCGUAAUGACACCGACAUAUAAUAAUAACGGCGACAAUUUACACUCGUCACUGUUAAUGCCAUCAACCUCAGAUCUCGCAUGUCCGCCGGAGACAAUGGGUUCUCUCCCACAACACUCUCCGUCCGACAACGUACCUCCACACCUCCGAAUCGACGAGACUACCCUCCUCAACCUCUUCAAAUGCCAGCAGAAACACCUGAACUUCUUCUUCCACAACCUAUCGCUCCCCCAAACUCUAUCAUUCGCGCGUACCCUCCUCUCUGCCUCCGGAACUAUCUUCUUCACCGGCGUCGGUAAGUCCGGCUUCGUUGCCAACAAGAUCUCCCAGACCCUUGUCUCCCUCGGCAUCCGCUCCGCUUUCAUCUCCCCCGUCGACGCCCUCCACGGAGACAUCGGGAUUCUCACAUUUCGCGACGUCGUCGUCUUGUUCAGCAAGUCCGGGACCACCGAGGAGCUCCUCCGCCUCGUUCCGUGCGCGCGGGCUAAGGGCGCGUACCUCGCCUCGGUCACGUCCGUGGAGGGCAAUGCGCUCGCGGCGGCUUGCGACAUGAACGUGCAUUUGCCGCUGGAGAGGGAAUUGUGCCCGUUCGAUCUGGCGCCGGUGACGUCGACAGCUAUCCAGAUGGUAUUCGGGGAUACGGUGGCGAUCGCGCUCAUGGGGGCCAGGAACUUGACCAAAGAAGAAUACGCCGCGAACCACCCCGCUGGUCGGAUCGGGAAGAGUCUCAUCUUCAAGGUAAAAGAUGUUAUGAAGAAACAAGAGGAGCUUCCAGUUUGCAGGGAAGGAGAUUUGAUAAUGGAUCAGCUAGUGGAGCUGACAAGUAAAGGAUGUGGAUGCCUGGUUGUUAUAGAUGAAGAGUACCACCUGAUCGGUACAUUUACCGAUGGUGAUCUCCGGCGCACACUCAAGGCUAGCGGAGAAGCCAUUUUUAAGCUCACAGUAGGAGAAAUGUGCAACAGGAUGCCGAGAACCAUCGGUCCAGAUUCAAUGGCGGUGGAGGCAAUGAAAAGAAUGGAAGCACCACCAUCUCCUGUGCAGUUUUUGCCGGUGGUUGAUUACCGGAAUAAGUUGAUUGGCAUUGUUACAUUGCACGGGUUAGUUUCGGCUGGCAUUUGAUCAUGUGUAUGUAUAUAUAUAUAUAUGUAUUGUGAGUUUAAUUCUUGUGGUGAUUCUUUAUUA